GGUCACUAGAUUUAUUUCUAUUUCUUUUUUAUUUCUUUACAUUUUUUUUUUCUUUUUUUAAUAUAUAUAUGCGCAGCCUACUAUGUCUUCUGGAAUAAAGCAAUUAUCACAGAAACGAUAUUGGGGAGGCAUAUUAGCAUUAGGUGGUGUCGUAUUUAUAUGGGUGACUUCAUCAUUUGCUAUGAAUAAUUUAUUCGGUGAAAUGGAUUAUAAUAAGCCAUUUCUAGUGACUUACCUUAAUACAGCGACAUUUUCAUUCUAUCUUAUCCCUAAUUUAAUUAAACAAUUAAAAAAAAAGAUAAAGCAUAAAAGCAUAAAAGAAGAAGAAGAAGAAGAAGAAGAAGAAGAAGAAGAAGAAGAAGAAGAAGACGACGACUCUACUACCAAGCUACUAAUAAAUAAUAAGAAUCAUGAUUCAACAAUGAUACAACAGAAUUAUGCUGUAAUAAUAGAAGAAUCAAAUGAUCAUAAAAUGAUAAAAGUAAACAGCAAAUUGACUACUUGCGAGACUAUUAAAUUAAGUUUACAGUUCUGUAUACUUUGGUUCUUUGCAAAUUAUACAACGAACGCUAGUCUUGCUUAUACUUCAGUUGGCAGUAGUACGAUCUUAUCUUCAAUGUCAGGUCUUUUUACGCUUGGUAUAGGGGCACUCUUUAAAGUUGAAAUUAUGAAUAAAGUUAAACUUAUUGCAGUAUUAAUAAGUUUAUUAGGCGUUAUACUUGUUUCAUAUUCUGAUAAUAAUCAAAAUCCAUUAUUAAGAGAAAGGACUUAUUCUUCUGCACCUUUAAUAGGUGAUAUUCUUGCAUUAUUAGGAGCUAUCUUUUAUGGAGGAUAUACAACACUUUUAAAGUUAAAAAUUGGUGAUGAAGAUCGUAUAGAUAUGCCUCUCUUCUUUGGCUUUGUUGGUGCUUUCAAUGUUUUAUUCUUAUGGCCUAUUAUACCCAUCAUUCAUUUUAUUGGUCUAGAACCAUUUAUGAUACCCAUGAAUACAACUUUAUGGACCGUUAUUUUGUUGAAUGCAUUUAUUGGCACUUUCUUAUCUGAUUAUCUAUGGCUAUUAGCAAUGCUUAUGACAUCUCCACUUGUUGUGACAUUAGGCAUCUCUUUGACUAUCCCACUUGCUUUGAUUGGAGAUAUGAUCUUCAAAGGCUUUAUACCAGGUGUCCAUUAUACAAUAGGUGCUUUAUUAGUUAUUAUAGGAUUCUUGACAGUAAAUAUGAAUGCCUUGCAUGAAUCAAAGGAAAAAGCUCAAGAAACAUGAAUGGAGGAUUUAUGAUGAAACAAACUAUGCAUAUUUGAUUUACACACACACACAUAUGUAUAUGCUUUCUAUAAAUCUUGUAUUUAUGCUUCUUAUUUUUGCC